AUGGCUACAGCUAUACAUCCUCAGACAGAUGGACAAACAGAAAGGAUGAAUGCAACCUUGAACCGCAUGUUGAGAACAUUGGGACAGGAGGAAUUGCAUAACUGGGAUAGUCGAUUAGCAAUGAUGGAAUUUGCAUACAAUAACAGUAUCCAAAAGUCGAUUAAGACUACACCGUUUUACGCUGACCUUGGAAGACAUCCAAAAGGAAUACACAGCAUACUUGCAAACGGAUCGCUGACACAUAAUGAGGAUUGGAUCAAGAGUCAAAAGGCGAUAUGUCUCCGGACUCAGGAUUAUAUCACAGAUGCACAGAAAGAAAAUGAGAUUCAAACUAAUAGGCACAGAAGAGCAGAACAUUUCGAGUUAGGAGAAUGGAUCCUAAUACAUCGUAAGGCUUAUUUUGAGACCGUAAGAUAUGCGAAAUUAACACCUGUUUAUUUUGGACCAUUCCGUGUGGUAAAACAGAUUAACGAGAAUGCCUACGAAGUAGAUCUCCCAAGUACUACAAAGAAACACCGAGUAAUCAACAUUGAGUACUUAAAGAGAUACCAUAGUGGGGACGAGCGAUACCCAAAGACUCCCCCACGGACACAGGCAGAAUUUAAAGCCAGAGCCGAAGAAGUAAUAGCGCUCUGCGGAAAACUUGAGCGCACUAAGGAGAUUGUGUUGAUGUUUCUGGACUGCCCUCCAGGAUUAGCGGGUAUAUAUCCAGAGAACUACAUGCGACACCUCCACCCCACAAGAAGAGCAAUCUUGGAGGCCCGAUUGAAGAAUAUGACAGAGAACCGGGACGGUUCUCAAUGA